AUGGUGUCCCUGCUGGGGUCCCCUGUGAUCAACCUGCUGCGGGUUUUGUUCCUGGGGCUGAGUACCCUUGCGCCCGCUGCGCGCGCCCAGCUCGAGCUGCAUGUGCCCCCGGGCCUCACCAGGCUGCAGGUAGUGGAGGGAGCGGAAGUGGUGCUCCCCGCAUGGUACUCCUUUCGAGGGGAGGUGUCUUCAGGCAAGCCGCGGGAGAUGCUCACCGUGAUGUGGUUCUUGGAACAGGAGGGGAAGGACCUGAACCAGGUGUUGGCGUACAUCAGUGGGGUCCUGUCAACCCAGCCUGGAGUAUCCCUGGUCCACACCAUGCCCUCCCGGAAUGUGUCCCUGCGGCUGCAGGGCCUCCAGGAGAAAGACUCCGGGUACUAUCGCUGUUCUGUGAAUGUGCAAGACAGUCAAGGCAUAAACAAGGGCCACAGCAGCAAAACCUUAGAACUCAAUGUGCUGGUUCCUCCAGCUCCUCCAUCCUGCCACCUCCUGGGCGUGCCCCGUGUGGGGACCAAUGUGACCCUGAACUGCAUGUCCCCAAGGAGUAAGCCCGCUGCCCAAUACCAGUGGGAGCGGUCACCUCCGUCUUCCCAGGUUUUCUUUGCACCGGUUUUAGAUGCCAUCCGCGGAUCUUUAAGCCUCAAAAACCUUUCUACUUCCAUGUCUGGAGUCUAUAUAUGCAAGGCCCACAAUGAGGUGGGCAGUGCCCAGUGCAACAUGACCCUGGAAGUGAGCACAGGGCCCGGGGCUGCGGUGGUUGCAGGAGCUGUUGUGGGCACCCUGAUUGGAUUAGGGGUGCUGGCUGGAAUGGUCCUCUUGUAUGAACGCCGGAGCAAGGCCCUGGAGGAGCAGGCCAACGAUAUCAAGGAGGAUGCCAUCGCUCCCCGGACCCUGCCUUGGGCCAAGGGCUCAGACACGAUCUCCAAGAAUGGGACCCUUUCCUCUGUCACCUCCGCACGAGCCCUCAGGCCACCCCAUGGCCCUCCCAGGCCUGGUGCAUUGACCCCCACACCCAGCCUCUCCAGUCAGGCGGGGCCCUCACCAAAGCAUCUCAGGACAGAUAGAGCCCCUCCCGAGCCAAUAGCUCCUGUCCCUGGUGGGGUCCCUUCCUCCACUCUGAGCCGCAUGGGUGCUGUCCCGAUAAUGGUGCCCACCCAGAGUCAGGCCGGGUCUCUGGUGUGA